AUGACGCCAACGAAAUGCGUGUUGACGGCGAACAACGGCCAAAACGCGAAUCGGCCGGCGGCGAACGACGAGAAAAUCGCGGCGAAUUCGGACGAGACCAACUAUUUGCGGCAAAUCUCGCACAUUUUCGAGCACGGCGUCGCGCGGACCGAUCGCACCGGCACUGGGACCAUUUCGGUGUUUGGAAUGCAGGCGAGAUAUAGCCUCAGAAAUAACAAAAUCCCAUUGCUGACGACGAAACGAGUGUACUGGAAGGGCGUCGUCGAGGAGCUUCUAUGGUUCAUUUCGGGACAAACCGAUAGCAAGACGUUGAGCGCGAAAAAUGUCAAGAUUUGGGAGGCGAACGGCUCUCGACAAUUCCUCGACAAUUUGGGCUUCACGCAACGCGAAGAGGGCGAUUUGGGACCGGUGUACGGCUUUCAAUGGCGCCACUUUGGCGCCAAAUACAUCGAUUGCCACACCGAUUACAGCGGGCAGGGUGUCGAUCAGCUCGCCGAGGUGAUUCGACAAAUCCAGCACAAUCCUGAUAGUCGACGCAUCAUUCUGUCGGCGUGGAAUCCGUCGGAUCUUGGAUCGAUGGCGCUGCCGCCGUGCCACACGAUGUGCCAGUUUUAUGUGCACGACGGCGAGCUCUCGUGUCAAUUGUAUCAGCGAAGUGGAGAUAUGGGUCUCGGCGUGCCGUUCAACAUCGCCAGCUACGGACUCUUCACGCACAUGAUCGCCAAGGUGUGCAAUUUGCGAGCCGGCGAGCUGAUUCACACCAUCGGCGACGCGCACAUCUAUUCGGACCAUGUCGACGCGUUGCGAGAGCAAAUCACGAGGGCGCCCUACGAGUUUCCGACGAUUCGAUUCACGCGCGACGUCGCCUCGAUCGACGACUUCACGUCGGACAUGAUUCAACUCGACAACUACAAAUGUCAUCCGAAAAUCGCCAUGAAAAUGGCGUGCUAA